GCGGGUAGUCUCCAACCGGCACUAUCCAAAACAUCAGUUUCUCAUGGUACGCGGCAAGCAGCGCCGCUCGCGGUCCGGUUACACGCAGGCUGAGAGAGAUGCGGCGCCUGAGUGGCUUCGACGGCUCAUGAUCCUUGCAGAUCACAACGCCAAUGUCCCCAACGGUUCUCAACGCUUCAAAGAGUUGCAGAAAGAAGUGGUGGAGAUGGCGCCCGAAGAUGUGAAGGACGACAUCAGGAACUUACCCUUCCUAGCCAAAACCAAGGGCAUUCAUGGCGUGGCAGCUGAUGAGAUCAUUCGUCGCGUCAUGCUGCUCGCGGCAGAGGAGGAAGCAAAGCAGGCAAAGCAGGCCGUUGCAAGGCCCAGUGACGCCUUAACGUCGUUGGUGGAAGAGAAAGUGCGUGCAGAGAUGCGCGUCCAAGAGCAAGACAAGCACCUUGCAGAAAAGGACGAGGAGAUCGGGAGGCUUCAUGAUCAAAUCUAUGGCCUUCAGGUGGAGCUCAAGAAAGUGAAGGGCCUUUUGAGUGAAGCUCAAGAUGAGCUUCAGAAGAGGUGGUCCAGGCAGAGGAACGUCGAAGAGCAGAUGUCACGCGAGAAGGCGAAGUCGCUCGAUCAGCGGGAGCGCAUGCGAGCAGCCAAGAAGAAGAUGGACGAGGAACAUCAAGAGCGACAUAUGGAAGAUCUUCGCGCUGCAGCUCGACCCCCGGUGGCCGCAGCUCCAUUGGAGCUGAACAUCAGGCCGUUCUGGCACAAGAAGCCCAAGCUCAACGGUGCAUGACAAUUCGCGAAAACGUGAAAUUAGCUCAUUGAGUUCCGAGAGUCUUUGGAGACAUGCGCUUCCAGCGCCGGUCCAAAAAGACUUUGACUCCGAGAGUGCGUUGGUUGGAACCGCAUUCGUGCGCCAAA